AAAUGUGAAAUGGUGACCAUUCAGGGAAGGAGCACAAAGGAACUUUGUGGAAUGGCUGAAAUGUUCUGUAUCUUAAUAUGAUUUACGAGUAUACGCACUUGUCAAAAGGCAUCCAACUACACAUUUAAGAUCUAUUCAUUGCACUGUAUAUAUUUCAAUACAAAGGUGCAAAAAUAAUUCUUCCUAUGAUGAUAAGAUUUGUCAUUUUCUUCUUGUAGAUCUGUCCAUUUCUGCUCUAUAUAUUUUGAGGCUAUAUUAUUAGAUAUCUGCAAAUUUAUGUAUAUAUAACUGAAUCACUUUGCUGUACAUAAACUAACACAACAUUGUAAAUCAACUAUUUUUCAGUAAAAACAGUUUAAAAGAUAACUGCAAAUUUAGAAUAUUGCUCACGAGUGGAAGCUUUUUUGCUCUUCUACAUACACAUAUAAUAUGUCCUCCACACACUGCUUCUUUUCCACUCUCUUCUAAUGUUCUAUUUUCAGUGUUUCAGCAUGCUGAUUUGGGGUCGGGGUCAAAUCACAAGAGGGUCACGUGCAGCCACAGAACUCUCUGCAUGCAAACGCCUGGACGUCCCUUCUGUGGUCAUUUGCGGCGUCCAUACCUCACGGGCUUCCAACUCUAGCUUUGGCUAAGAAUCCAGCCGGUAUCUGUUCCAGUGGUCAAAGCAAAUCCUCAGCCAAAACAAAGAGCAGCCUGCAGAAAGGUGAGGGAGUAGGGUGUUUCGCAAGUGUUUACUUUCCUGAUGGAAGAAAUGCUUGGUUCAGACUUCAGAGAAGGGGUCUGGAUAUUGCGCGUUUCGUACCCUAACUUUGUGGUGGUGACAGCAGGUUGUAGGGCCAGGAGUGGGAGGUGGCUGCGGCCUCAGCCUCAGGAAGUAGGGGUUUGGCUGACUCUGCACCACGAAGCGACUUAGCAUCAGCAUCAGCAGCAGCACCACCACGCCUGCUAUUUUAAGGCUAGGCUUCUUUUACAGGCGCUUGGUGUAGCGGCAAGGCGUCAUUUGAAGCGCCCAAAUCCCAAGUGGGAGAUGUUGGGGGGUGAGGUGGAGAUGAGGCUUGUUUGUGGCUACUGGUGGGCGUUCACACCUUCCGAUCCCCACCACUAUAAAGCGGAGGAACCCAAGCAGCAAACGUGCGGGUCACACACACCUGCACUCUCAAUCACUGGUGAGUGGACCAGGCUCCACCUUCCUCCAGAUUGGUCGACUUCCGUUAGGUUUCAAGUCAGGGUAGAAAGUAACUCACGGCUUCCCAUUCUCCGGCUCGCUGGAGAGCCAUGUUAGGUCGCGGGAUGCAAACGUUACCAUUGUCCCGAGACCGCGACACGAUAACACGCCCUGCUUUCUUCUGCCGCCGCCACCUCCUCCAAACGUAUUAUUUCAAUGAAUAAAAAGCCCCACCACUACCAGCACAAGUCGUUUCAUUAGUGUAAUGUGAGAAGUCUGCAUUUAGGGGGUGAAAUGCGAAGAAGAGGGACCAGGUGCCCUAUUCCGCCGACCAAUCCUCUAAACCAGCAAAGACUCAAUACUGACUCCCACUAUCCAAGGGGCCCCGCGGCGGGCGCCGGUUUUAAGUGAUUUUUGGCCCCUCGCGGCCCCUGUAGCGUCCCUAGUUACCGGGCCCCUAGUAACCACCACCCUAAGCAAAGAGCAAUCGGGCGCCUGCGGCCACGCCGGCUUCCCCGCCCCGGGCCAGCGCGGGCGCUCAGGCCUCGGCGGCGCGGUGAUGGCUGCUUCGCACCGAGCGGCGAGGUUGGCGGCCAGAAGUCUCCAAACCCCGGUCAAUCCCAACACCGGAGCGCGGGUCGCCCAGUACGAACGCAAAGACCCUUUGAAUUCCCUGUCGGCGGCGGCGGCGGCCAUGGAGGAAGAGGAGGAGGAAGAAGAAGAGAAAGAGGCGGCAGCACGGCUGGCGCGGGCGCCGGCUGAUUUUAACACCAGCAUUUCUAGGGUGAAUGAACAAAAACAUAUAAGCCAUGAGGAUUUUGUGGACUUUUCUGAUAUUUACCACUCUAAUGAAGAGUAUUUCAGGAAACUAGAAGAGCUGAAGGCAGCCCACAUAGAAACUAUGGCAAAGUUAGAGCAAUUGUACCAGAAUAAAUUAAAUUUAAAGGAAGUUCAGCCAGCAGUCACCAGGGAAGAAGCUGCUAGUGUCUCUUCCAGGUCUGUAUCAGAAAAGAACUCAUAUCACCCUGUCUCAUUAGUGACAUCAAUUUCAGAACCUGAUUUAAGUCAGUCUUCCUCCUUGAUUGUGUCUUCCUCUGAAGAAGAGUUGCCCAACUUAGAAAAAAAGUAUUCUGAGAAAAGCAGUAUGAUGACCUAUGCUAAGGAGCUCAUCAACAACAUGUGGACAAACUUCAGUGUAGAAGAUUAUAUCCAGUUUGAAAAUGUCAACUUGCCAGUACUUGAGAAACAAAGAAAGAGACCGAAAGAAUGGGUGCCAAGGAUUACAGUACCUGAGCCUUUUCAAAUGACAGUUAGAGAGCAGAAGAAAAAAGAAGAGAGCAUGAAAUCGAAAUCAGAUAUUGAAAUGGUACACAAACUGCUCAAGAAGCAAGAAGAAGAGUCAGAGUGUAAGAAAAAAUUCCGAGCCAACCCAGUUCCUGCAUUCGUCUUUCUCCCCCUUUAUCAUGAUAUAGUCAAGCAAAAUGAGGUACGGAGGAGGGCUAUGAAGGAGAGAAACAAAGAAGCUCUUUUGGCCUCUCAAAAGCCCUUUAAGUUUGUUGCAAGGGAGGAACAGAAGCAAGCAGUUCGGGAAAAGCAGCUGAAAGACUUUUUUAAGUCUAAAAAGAAAACAAAUCGUUUUAAAGCCAGACCUAUACCUCGAUCUACUUACGGUUCAACUAUCAAUGACAAGUUAACAGAAGAAGAACUCUAUAAAAACAUUAGGGCGCAUCAGAGAACUCAAGACUUUUUACCGAACCCUUCCCCUCUGCCUUACAGUCCAGCUCGCAGGAGUUUUGCUACAAGGAAGUCCAGGGGUCCUGAACAAGCUGAGAAGUCCAAGUAUAAACACAGGGUUAGGCGCCAGACUGCUGAUUUGGAAGACCAACCUGAGAGGUAUCAGAAACACCACUCAGAACAGAAGUAUCCCAAAUUCCUGACAGUCUGUGAACCAUGUAACCUUCAGGCAGCCUCACAUUCAUCCACUAAAAGAGAGAAAAUUUUGGCAGACAUUGAAGCAGAUGAAGAGAAUUUAAAAGAAACACGUUGGCCUUAUCUGUCUCCAAGGCGCGCGUCACCAGUAAGGGAUGCAAACACAAAGCCUGCACCUCGUAGCUGCAACCCUCCAACGCCCACGGUGUCCUCCCGAGGAAGAGAGCAAGCCACAAGGAGAUCACUUGAGGAAAAGAAAAUGUUGGAAGAAGAGAGACAUCGGAUCUUAACUAAGCAGAAGCAAAGAAUGAAAGAAUUGCAGAAACUGCUGACAACCCGGGCUAAGGCUUAUGAUUCACAUGAGAGUUUAGCUCAAAUGUCUAAAUCCAGAAUAAAAGCUCUCAGAAAGAGUGAAAAGGAAAGGAUGAGAGAAUAUCGACGAGAACUAGAAGAAAGAGAAGAAAAAUUAAAAAACAGGCCGCUGCUAUUUGAAAGAGUUGCUCAGAAAAAUGCAAGAAUGGCAGCAGAAAAGCAUUAUUCUAACACUUUAAAAGCACUAGGAAUAUCUGAUGAGUUUGUUUCAAAGAAAGGCCAAAGUGGAAAAAUAUUUGAGUACUUCAGCAAUCAAGAGAUGAAAAAUUUCACUGAAGAUAAAGAAAGCUUUAAUGAAGAAGAAAACAUAGAAGAAAGAGAGAAUGGGGAAGAAAAUUAUCUUACUGAUACCAACAGCCAAGAUUCUUGCAAGGAAACAGAUGAAGUCAAUGAAGAGAAUGGAGAAGAGAAAUGUGUUGAAGAAUAAAACUGAGUCAAUUGGCAGGGUCGCCUCUCUGUGCCCCUGCUGUUGUUGGCAACAUUGGGCAUCAGAAGCUGUACUUGUGGUGUUAAGGACAUCUAUGAGAACCCAUCUGUUAUGGGCAGGACUCUUGAGCGAAGUCCUCCUGUGGCCUGGAAAGGCCAAAUCCAGCUAAUGGGUCAUUUGAUCAUUUAGAGUCAGGUUUUGCCUUCCAGUUUUAAAAAUCACUAUAUAUGGUCUGUUUGCAACUUUGAUCUAUUUUUUAAAAAUGUUUGAGAAUCACAGCUGUCACAAACUGAUUAGAUAUAAAAGUAUACAUCGCUUUAUUAUUUUGGGUGGAAAAAUCACUUAACAUUGAGAGUAGAGAGAAGUAUUGGCCUUUGGUGAUUUGUUUGGAAAAAGUGUUCUGGAAAGCAUGAAUUGAAAAAUAAAUAUUUUUAAAUUACA